AAGGACCACGUAUUCGAGUGUCCACUGCUUGUAUCUGCAUGGAACAUAUUUCUUUUACCUUUCUAAUUAAAAGUCAUUGUGGAAGAAAGAGAUGCGGAUUUGCUUUGAGAAAAGACUCUGACAGUAAGUUUGGUUCUGCAAAGACCCCUCAGUGUCUUUGUAUCCAGCCCUGUGAAUUAAAAAAGUCAAAGCUUGCUUUUUAAUAGCCUUACUAAAAGGCUGCUUUCAUGCCUAUGAAGUCCCAGGAGAUCUUCAGGUGUGAACGACCUGAUCCCUGCUGGCAAGUGCUGCCUUUCUACCUUAUUUUAACUGCUCAGAGUGCUGGAAAUAGGAUGAGAAAUCCAAGAAAAUGAUUGCAAGGAGCUUCAGUACUGCCUUUUGUCUCAGAAGUUCCUGAAGUAUCUGUAGCUCCCGAGUCAAUCAUCUUUCUGCUCCGCUGGCCACAGAAAGCACCAUCUGUAAUAGCAGAUAAAACCCAGCUGCUCGCUUUUCUGCCCAGCUAAUUAAAAAGUGCCAUGACCUCCCCAGUGCUAAUUGCAUCCUAUUAGUGGGAUGGAGGAAAGGAAUCCAGCAGGGUUGCCUGAGAUUCAGCUCUCAGCUUUCCGACUUGAUUGUGAGCGAUGUGAUAGCCAAGUGCUGAUAGCACAUGAAUUUCCUACAGAACCUCCCUUUCUACCAGCAUCAACAUGCAGAGCAACUACUCCAUGGUCAUCGCCACCAGAGAAACUCUCCAGAUCCUCUAUACAGCACAGGCAAACUCAUCGGCUGCAUUGCGCUCGCCGCCUCCCUGCCCGCUGACCUCUUCCAAUUACCAGUUUUCAUUAAUUCCAGCAUUCUUCUCCGUGGUUUUUGUUCUGGGUUUGGUUGGCAACAGCGUGGUGGUUGUGGUGCUCUGUCAUCGCAGUAGCCCCAAAACAGUCGCUAAUAUCUACAUUUUCAACUUGGCUAUGGCAGAUUUGCUGUGUCUCGCCACCCUUCCCUUCUGGGCUACCUAUUAUGCGCAGGGGUACAACUGGAUCUUUGGAUCUCUCAUGUGCAAAAUCUCCAGUUCUGUCCUGUGUCUGAACAUGUUUGCAAGCAUAUUUUUCAUUACGUGCAUGAGCGUGGAUCGGUACCACGCAAUUGUGCACCCUAUUCGCUCCCAAAGAAGAACUCCGCAUCAGGCGUAUUUUAUAGCAUUGGUUGUGUGGGGCCUUGCCUGCUUGUCCUCCCUCCCAACUUUUUAUUUCCGUGACACACACUACAUUAAAAGCAUGGAGGUAAAAGCUUGCAUUAUGGCAUUUCCUCAUGAGAAUUAUGCAGAGUGGUCUGUGGGAACAGCCUUCCUGAAAAAUGCACUUGGCUUCUUCAUCCCCUUGACAGUGAUCACCACGUGCUACAUCUGGAUCAGGAGGCACUUGAUAAAAGCACGGGAGUUUGGCAAAAACAAGCAGAAGAGGGACAAAGUCCUAAAGCUGGUGGCUGCUGUUGUUGUGGCCUUCUUAAUUUGCUGGCUCCCAUUCCACAUUUUGACAUUUUUGGAUGCCCUGGCUCAUAUGAACGUCAUUGACAACUGUGAUGUGACAGGCAUCAUCGACACAGCGCUGCCAUUUGGCAUCUGCAUGGCAUUUGCCAACAGCUGCAUCAACCCUUUGGUGUACUGCUUUAUUGGGAACCAGUUCCAGGAGAAGCUGCAUCGCUUGUUUAAGCGACGAGUUUACCAGUUCAACAGCCAACGAGAGAGCUCUUCUUUGAGGAAAGGGAGCUGCUUCCGAGACACCGAGAUAGCGGUGGGCAGGGAGAGAGAGCCUGAGUCCUUGCUGUAGGCAUGGUGACAUGGGGCUGGGUCAGUACAGCUUCUGCUGUGGGGACACUCCUCUCUCCUGUUCCUUUUGCUUUGUGAUCAUUCAGUCACGAACUAUUUGAAGGUGAAUUUGUUUUUCUCAUCCAUGGGGAUUUAUUCUUCCUUCCUUUCCACGAUGAGCGCUCAAGUUUUACACAAAGAGAAGAUUCUGGCAAAGAUCUGAACUGAUGGCAUUUUAAGUAUCAGCUUAUACGUGGCUGAGAUCAAGCAAGUGCUUAAUGUAACACAGAAAGACAAAAUACAUCAAAGAAACCUGGCGCUGUAGCUACAGCUGCAUAGGUACUGAGUAUCACCCCCUGACUAAGCUGAUUUUCUAAAAAAGAUUCUCAUUAGAGAAUGUGUAAAUAAAGCAGUGAAGAUACUUCUG